UGGAAGACCAAAAGCGAACUGGGAUCGGUCUUAGUCGGUGCACGGCUUUGGUGUAGUAAUUGAGUUUUGCCUUCCUGAUAUCCGCCGCUUCCAGCAGGCUGACCCUGAGUACCCACUCAACCCGCAUUGCUUGUGCUGCUGUCGGCUUGCUGGCGCUCUUGUACCCCGAAAUGGAAGCAAGGCACCUCCCGGCUCGUUUCCAUCUUGUUUCGCUGAGUGCGGUAUCAUCCCGCGACGUACUCGGCAGCCGAGAUCUCCUUAUCAACACCAAUCACCAUGGGCCCGUCAUCGAGAAGCUCGCCACAUCCAAAUCCGCCGUACUGAAGGAGCUUCACGUUGUCAUUGCAAUACAUUUGGCGAUUGUAUGGGUCAAGAUCGAUGAACUGAGGCCCGCAAAUGGUGAACAAAGCCUUACCAAAACGAGAGGGACGUCGCGGUGUGCACGGUCGACACUGCAUGCGUGUGGACCCCUGGAAGUUGACUCGAUUACGGGGUGGAAUAAGACAGUAGGUAGGUCUGAGGACAUUAUCUACGCAUGCCGCGAAGGGUCUCUAGGUAACCUAGGUCCGGUCGGCUUCCUUCUUGCCUCGAAAACUGGGCGAGCCCGCGAGAUCUCGUCUACCGAUCGGCUGGUCCACAGACCUUUAUCGUCCUUGUCGUCUAUGCCUCCAGCAAAACUCUGCCAACAGAUGCUAGAGUUUCCUGGUUUAGUGGAUUUGCUGACCACAAACAAGGCAGUCCAGAGGCUCCGUCCACUCCUUGAGACCACCGGUCACUUCUUCC